CGAGACCAAUUUAUUCGUUAUUCAUUGUUAGUAAACAUUAACUCAGAAGGCGGGAUAUAUUAUUAUAUUACAUUAACUUCAAUCUUAUAUAAAUAUUUCAAUUCUAAAUUAUAAAGUUUUUUUGCUUGACAAAUGUUUUAUGCUCAAUUUGUAUUGAGUAAAAAAGGACCUUUAGCAAAAAUAUGGCUAGCAGCUCAUUGGGAAAAAAAGUUGACUAAAGCUCAUGUAUAUGAAACCUCUAUUGAAAAUAGUGUGGAAGGAAUACUACAACCAAAGGUCAAAAUGGCCUUACGAACAUCCGGCCACCUACUCUUAGGUGUGGUGCGCAUAUACAGCAGGAAGGCGAAAUACCUAUUAGCGGAUUGUAAUGAGGCUUUCGUAAAAAUUAAGAUGGCUUUCAGACCAGGGGCCAUAGAUUUACCGAUGACAGUGGUUGGUGGACACAUGGGCGACUUGUAUGAUCCUUUAUCCAAAGAUGGAAGUGCCAAUUAUUUAUUAGGGACUGGUACCUCUAGUUCCGCUCUUACUACUUUAACGUUACCUCAAGUCUUUCAUCAAUUUGACACUGCGCUCUCAGAUCUCAAUGAUAUGGAUCUUGUAGGAUCUCUCAAUCAAGCACGGGAGGAUGAAAUCACUCUCAAGGAAGAUUUUUCCUUUGUCCAUUUUAAUGGCGAUGGUUUUGGUGUGAUAACCGACUUCGGAGCAGACGAUUUUUCCAUUGAUCCUCAUCAUUUCCAAAAUGGCGGAGAUGCGGGAAAUCACCUGAUGGACGAAACCGACAACAUGUAUGCCUUGGCGGACCCUUUGGCAGACAAAAUGGGCCAAGAUUCUUCCUCCAUUGACGAUUUUCGGCGAGAGGUCGACGGAUCAGCCAUUUCAAAGGAUAUGAAUUUGAUGGAAGAACCGGGGACCUUGAGCCUGGACUCGUUUUACGACAAGCCGCUUCGCGAUGACGGGUUCGGAGCGAGUUCUUCUGAGGCCGGAUUAUUGGGUGAAGGUUUUAUUGGCGAUAAUAGCCUCUUCGAUGAAGCUCCCCUGAGUGUAGCCUCACUUCCGGAUGUGGAUGACGACAUGGACGAUCAACCGACUAUGCCACAGGCCGACAUUUCCACAACCCCAUCCACGUUACAGCCAACUACAUUGGGUGGUGUCGAUCAGGCCUCCGUGCUCUUUCAAAGUGUGGUAGAUGGAGCCAGUAGUAUCCUCGAUAAAAAUAACAUGGACACUACGCCCUCUUACAAUCUAUCGUACAACAAUGCGACUACCUUUAACCUGGGUAGCGCUUUUGAUCAACGGGAAAUUUUCGCCCUGGAGCCCUUAGACGUAACGGCGCUCUCUUCUUCUCGCUCUGCUGAUGCUUCCUCUAAACUGGGCAUUCCCACUUCCUCGAGCGCCUCCAUUUCCCAAACGAUACCCCCCGCCAAACCCUCUGUUAAAACCGGUUCGGGCCCGGGCUUUCACCACAAGAGGAAACUGCUCGUGGACUCCCAGAAGGGUUUAAACGGAGACGAAAUGAAACGACAAUUGGCCGAUAGUUCUGACCUAGUUACCGAUCUCAACCUGGCUCCCCCUUCCAAACGGCUCAUGCAAUGGAAGGAGACGGGCGGGUGCGGAAAACUUAUAAAGACCCUGAGAGGAUUUGGGAGAACCACCCGAUCUAAAUCGCCAGACAGGGUUCUUUUCUCGGAUUCUCAGUCGCUUUCUAAGCUUUACAACCAGCAAAUGUCAUCGGCUGUUAAGGCGAUCGCGGAUAUGAUCAAUAAACAAGUGCUCAGCUUGAACAUGAUCGAAGAUGAAGAACGUUCCAUAUUCGGGAGCGGAUUUAAUAGGCAGCCACAUGGUCUCACGAACAAACAGAAUACGCUCGACGUAAACGAAACGAAAGAUCCAGAAACACCCUCUAAGCGAAUCAAAUUAGAUUCGAUACCAGAAUCGCCUUUCAAAAAAUUGGAUGGAGAUUUUGACGACGAAGAAAGCCACGCCUCCCCUGGCGGUUACGUAGACGAGGGCGAUGACGACGAAUAUUUCGGACUGAGGAACAGCGAUAAUCAGUCCCAAAAAACUCCUAUUCACCUGGACAAAGUUUAA